UAUCUAAUCUAACAACUACAUUACUCUUUUUGCCUUCUAAUAGAGAAAAAACUGAAAGCUUUCAGAAAAUAAGAAAAUUACUUGUGCUCAGAAAAUAAAAAAAUUACUUGUGGGAAUUAACUCAAAUUUUAGUGUAAUAAUAGAAAGCAAAGACGUUGCAAUCUCAAUAAAAGAUGACCGAUUCGAAGUAUUUUACUACCACCAAAAAGGGUGAAAUUUUCGAAUUGAAAUCGGAACUAAAUAAUGAUAAGAAGGAAAAGAAAAAGGAGGCAGUGAAAAAGGUCAUUGCCAGUAUGACAGUAGGAAAGGAUGUAUCGGCUUUGUUUCCCGAUGUGGUAAAUUGUAUGCAAACUGACAAUUUGGAGUUAAAAAAAUUGGUUUAUUUGUAUUUAAUGAAUUAUGCGAAAUCUCAACCCGAUAUGGCUAUUAUGGCUGUUAACACCUUUGUCAAAGAUUGCGAAGAUUCCAAUCCAUUGAUAAGAGCUUUGGCUGUUCGUACAAUGGGUUGUAUACGUGUUGAUAAAAUAACUGAAUAUUUGUGCGAACCUUUGCGCAAAUGCUUGAAAGACGAAGAUCCUUAUGUCCGCAAAACAGCUGCUGUCUGCGUAGCUAAAUUAUACGACAUCUCUUCGUCCAUGGUAGAGGAUCAAGGCUUUUUAGAUCAACUAAAAGAUUUAUUAUCCGAUUCAAAUCCCAUGGUUGUGGCCAAUGCGGUAGCCGCUUUAAGCGAAAUCAAUGAAUCGAGUCAAUCAGGCCAACCAUUAGUUGAAAUGAAUUCGGUCACUAUUAAUAAACUGCUGACCGCUCUCAAUGAGUGCACUGAGUGGGGACAAGUUUUUAUUUUAGACUCGCUGGCCAAUUACAGUCCAAAAGAUGAAAGGGAAGCUCAGUCUAUUUGCGAACGUAUAACCCCACGAUUGGCUCAUGCCAAUGCUGCAGUGGUCUUAAGCGCCGUUAAAGUUUUAAUGAAGCUCUUGGAAAUGCUUUCGAGUGAUAGCGACUUUUGUGCUACCUUAACUAAAAAACUGGCACCACCUUUAGUUACUCUAUUAUCCUCCGAGCCCGAAGUACAAUAUGUAGCCUUGCGUAACAUCAAUUUAAUUGUUCAGAAACGUCCCGAUAUCUUGAAACAUGAAAUGAAAGUGUUCUUUGUAAAGUAUAACGAUCCAAUAUAUGUAAAAUUGGAAAAGUUAGAUAUUAUGAUACGUUUGGCUAAUCAAAGCAAUAUAGCGCAAGUCUUGAGCGAAUUAAAAGAAUAUGCUACCGAGGUCGAUGUGGACUUCGUCCGGAAAGCUGUGAGAGCUAUUGGUCGAUGCGCUAUUAAGGUAGAACCCUCUGCAGAACGUUGUGUUUCCACUUUACUUGAUCUUAUACAAACGAAAGUCAAUUAUGUAGUGCAGGAGGCCAUAGUUGUCAUAAAAGAUAUUUUCCGUAAAUAUCCAAACAAAUACGAGAGUAUCAUCAGCACUCUGUGCGAGAAUUUGGAUACCUUAGAUGAACCAGAGGCAAGAGCUUCUAUGGUUUGGAUUAUUGGUGAAUAUGCCGAACGUAUUGAUAAUGCCGACGAAUUAUUGGACAGUUUCCUGGAAGGUUUUCAAGAUGAAAACGCCCAAGUGCAGUUACAACUUCUAACAGCGGUCGUAAAACUGUUUUUAAAGCGUCCUUCUGAUACGCAGGAGUUAGUCCAACACGUUUUGUCUUUGGCAACUCAGGAUUCGGAUAAUCCUGAUUUAAGAGACCGUGGUUUCAUUUAUUGGCGUCUGUUAUCUACAGACCCGGCUGCUGCUAAGGAAGUGGUACUGGCUGAUAAGCCUUUAAUAUCAGAGGAAACUGAUUUAUUAGAACCUACAUUACUAGACGAAUUGAUUUGUCACAUUAGUUCGUUGGCUAGCGUUUAUCAUAAACCACCUACAGCAUUUGUAGAGGGCCGCGGUGCCGGUGUACGCAAAUCACUACCCAACAGAGCCAAUACAGUGGGAGAAACAGAGACCAGUGGCAGUGGUGGAGAAGCUAUGGUUAUACCCAAUCAAGAAUCUUUGAUAGGAGAUUUACUAUCUAUGGAUAUAAAUGCGCCUUCGAUGCCCAAUUCGGCCCCGAACAAUAUGGGUGUAGAUUUGCUGGGCGGUGGUUUAGACAUAUUGCUAGGUGGCCCUCCGACUGAGCCGGCUGCUGGUGGAGGCGCUACUAGUUUAUUGGGAGACAUAUUCGGGUUGGGCGGCAAUGCUUUGAAUAUUGGAUUGCAAAUACCCAAAAUAGUUUGGCUACCCGCGGAGAAGGGUAAAGGUUUGGAAAUACAAGGCAGUUUUUCUCGGCGUAAUGGCGAAGUUUUUAUGGAAAUGAAAUUUACCAAUAAAGCAAUGCAACCCAUGAACAGUUUUGCUAUACAACUUAACAAAAACAGCUUCGGUCUAAUACCUGGCCAGCCUUUACAAGUAGCUCCUUUGCCUCCUAAUCAAACUUCGGAAGUAAGCUUACCUUUGGCCACCCAAGGGCCAAUACAACGUAUGGAACCUUUAAACAAUCUUCAGGUGGCCGUUAAGAAUAAUAUCGGUAUAUUCUAUUUUGCCUGUUUGGUUCACGGCAACGUUCUCUUUGCCGAAGAUGGACAACUGGAUAAAAGAGUAUUUUUGAACACUUGGAAAGAAAUACCCGCAGCCAAUGAGAUGCAAUAUAGCUUAAGUGGUGUAAUCGGCACUACGGACGGCAUUGCCUCUAAAAUGACAACUAAUAACGUCUUCACCAUUGCCAAACGCAAUGUGGAAGGCCAAGAUAUGCUGUAUCAGUCCCUUAAAUUAACCAAUAACAUAUGGGUACUAUUGGAAUUGAAAUUACAACCAGGUAAUCCUGAUGCUACGCUUAGCUUGAAAUCACGCUCGGUCGAAGUUGCACCGAUGAUUUUUGCUGCAUAUGAAGCCAUUAUACGUGCUCCAUAAAUUUCGAAUCAUAAUGUUAGAAAAAAAAAACUUUACGUUAUAUCUCAUAGAUGUUUGGUAAGUGAAACGUCUCACGAUUUGUUUGUAGUAUAUUUUGUAACAGCUAUAAUUAAGAUACAUUCCUUUAAGCAAAGUAUUGAACAGACAACCAUAUAAUUGUUCCCAAUACUAAAAGUUAUAAAUCACGAAAUUCGUAUAUAUGCUUUAACCAUUUAAAUGUUAUUAUCUCGCAAAAUCUAAAUAAAUGUUUAAAGAUAUAGAAUAUUCUUCAUCUUUGAAAUGGGUCGAAUUCUGCUACCAAUUGGAGUCGCUGAAAGCAAUUUUCGGAGCAAUUACCUUCAAUACACUAUCAGCAAAAAUUUGAAUAUAACAAUUUACAAUUUGCUAAAACGAGUCAACGCGAAAUUAAUAAAAAAAGUCUGCAAAUCUUUAAAGGGAAAGUGCCAUCAACGUGUCUACCAAUUAUAAUUGACUGUAAAGUAUAGGAAGUAUUUAUUUUGCAAAAAAUCGCAGCAGAGACCGCAUUGAAAACCCUAAAAAAAGAUAAAAGAAGUGAAAAUAAUCGUAACAGUUGAGAAUUCUUUCAUGAGAGUAUAUAUUUUGCAAUUU